UUACCAUUUCUCUUGUAAGUUUUUUGCCUUUCUAGCUUCCUCCAAUGGAGGAUUUGAAAUUAACAGAAGUUGUAUCUCCUCCUCCAGAAGAACCUAGUGUAACAUCAAAUGUUGUUGAGUUGGAGCAACCUCAAGCAAAUGAAGCAAUGCAACAAUCUCAAGCAAAUGAAGAUUCAACUCAAAAUGGGAAAGUUUAUAUGGAUGACACUUUUUUUCCCACCAGUUUAUCAAGCAGCCAAGCAGAAGAAACACAAGAUUCUUCUUCUUAUUCUAACACUACUACUCCUGUAUUUGUUUCUGAGAUUGGUCUGCCUUCGGUGAAGACUAAGUAUAGAUCAGAGGGCACCACAACAAGAAAAAGAUCUCUAUCUUCCCAAAGAAGCCUUGGAACUCCAAGAACACUCGGAUCAUCAUCACCAUUGAGCAAUGAAACGCCCAAAAGUCUUGAUUCUUACAAAGAUUCCAUUGACACAACAUCACCUAUUGAAUCAGUUAAAGAAGCUGUCUCAAAAUUUGGAGGAAUCACUGACUGGAAAGCACAUAAAAUGCAAGUAUUAGAGAGACGCAAGUUUGUGGAACAAGAACUCAAAGAGAUUGAAGAGCAGAUUCCUGAGCACAAGAAACAAUCAGAGACUGUUGAGAUGUCAAAACUGCUAGCUGUUGAGGAGUUAGAGAGCACAAAGAGACUCAUAGAAGAGCUGAAGCUUAAUCUCGAAAAGGCGGAAACCGAAGAAAAACAAGCAAAGCAGGACUCAGACCUUGCAAAGAUGAGAGUUGAGGAGAUGGAGCAAGGAGUAGCUGGUGAAGCCAGCGUUGCAGCUAAAGCACAGCUUGAGGUGGCUCAAGCCAGACACACAUCUGCAAUUUCGGAACUGGAAUCUGUCGAGGAAGAGAUACAAACUCUGCAGAAGGAGCAUGAUGGUUUGGUGAGAGAGAAAGAUUUGGCUGUGAAGGAAGCGGCUGAAGCAGUUUUGGCUUCUAAAGAGGUUGAGAAGAAAGUUGAAGAGCUGAGUAUAGAGCUGAUAGCUACAAAGGAGUCACUGGAAUGUGCACAUUCUUCUCAUUUAGAAGCUGAAGAACUUCAAAGACUGAUGAAGAACUUCGUAUCCCAAACAGAUGUUGCUUCUGCAAAGAAGGAACUAGAAGAAGUCUAUGUGAAUAUCGAGAAAGCAACGUCUGAAGUGAAAUGCUUAAAGGUAGCAUCAUCAUCCUUAAGAGUUGAAAUUGAGAAAGAGAGAUCAGCGCUUGAAUCAAUCAAACAAAGAGAAGGGAUGGCAUCAGUAGCGGUUGCAUCACUAGAAGCUGAGAUAGACAUAACAAGAUUCGAGAUAGCUCUUGUUGAGUCCAAGGAAAAGGAAGUCAGAGAAGAGAUGGUGGAGCUACCAAAGCAGCUGCAGCAAGCAAGUCAAGAGGCUGAUGAAGCGAAAUCAUUUGCUAAACUUGCGAGUGAAGAGCUGAGGAAGUCUCAAGAAGAAGCAGAGAAAGCAAAGGCUGGAGCAAGUGCAAUGGAGGGGAGAUUACUUGCAGCUCAGAAAGAAAUUGAAGAUGUUAAGGCUUCAGAGAGGUUCGCAUUAGCUGCUAUCAAGGCGUUGCAAGAGAGUGAAUAUGAUUUGGAAGAAAAGAAUAGUGUGACACUGACGUUAGAGGAGUACUAUGAGCUUAGCAAGCGUGCUAAAGAGGCAGAAGAAAGGGUUGCAGCAGCGGUUUGUGAGAUUGAGGAAGCUAAAGAAGAGGAGAAGAGAAGGUUGGAGAAGUUGGAAGAAGUGAAUAAGGAGAUGGUUUUGAGGAAGGAAAGACUUGCGGAAGUAACUGAGAAGGCUGAGAAGGCUAAAGAAGGGAAGUUAGGUGUAGAACAAGAGCUGAGAAAAUGGAGAGAAGAACACAAAGUAAAGAGAAAGAAUGUUGAAAAUGGAGUGAAAAUAGAGGAAAGUCAUGAAAGAAGCUUAGAGGGUUCAAAGGAGAAAGAAAAUGAGUCUAGUGGAACUGAAACAAACACAAUCCCACCUGAGAUUCCUGUAAAGAAAAAGAAGAAAUUUUUUCCAAGAAUUUUUAUGUUCUUGAUGAAGAAGAAGAAGUCACCCAAGUGA